AUGUCAGAUAGUCUUGAAGAAAGGCUCCGUGUCCUCAAGAUAUGUUAUGAUAAAGGGUAUAUAACAAAAAGUGAAUAUGACUAUUUUCGUAAUAAGGAAUUAGAAAAUUGGAGCAAAGAACACGAAAAGCAAAAAUCGUUCUGGAGAAGAAUGUGGGAUAAGACAUGCUAUUACGUUGAAAGAAUUUUAAGCAGGUUAAUUGAAAGCAUCCUUGACUCCAUUAAUACCCUUCUGGAAUAUUUAGCGAAAACAAUAGGUUUUGGAUUAGGAGAUCUUAGUGAAUUGGCUCGCAAAGGUGCAUGGCUUCGAAAUAGCUGGCCAGUGGCAUCUCGAACAAUUGUGGCAACAGGAUCUGUCCCUACACUUAUAAAGCAUUUCAAUCAAGUAAUAAAGUAUGCCAACCAGCUUUGUCCUCAGGAAAUUUGGAUCGUGCAUUUUUUAGGGAGAAUUCUGUUGCAUUUGAACCAACAAAAUAAUGCCGACACCAAGUCAAUGGAAGGGGUACCAAAGAUAUUAGUCAAGGAAAUAGAUGAUUUUAUUCCUGAAGAACCGAUACCAAUGAUAUUACCUGUCAAUUUAUCUCAGCCUCGUCAAAAAUAUCCAAAAUCAUUGGAAGAAAAGGAGAUUGAUUCUUUCCUGGAGUCAAAAAACAAGAAAAUGCUUAGUAGUUUGAUGAGAGAAAGGAAUAGAGAAAAGAAACCUAGAACUCAAGAGUCUCCAGCAAUUUCUAAAGAGGAAAGCUCAAUGUUCGAAGCAUCAAACGUUCACAAUUCACCCAGCAUAGAGAAAGAAAAACAUAAUGGAACGAAUAUAGACCACUCAGCGAACAUUACAUGA